AUGGCUGGCGAACUUGUUCUUAUCACCGGAGCCACUGGCAUGAUCGGCUUCCGAACCUUGGUCUUCCUCCUCGAAGCAGGCUACAAGGUCCGCGCCGCUGUGCGAAACCAAGCUGGCUUUGACAAAAUUUCACAACUCAAGCCCGUUGCUCCAUAUGUCUCGCAAUUAACCAGCGUCAUUGUACCAGACAUUACCGUCGAUGGAGCUUACGAUGAAGCCGUCAAGGGUGUUGAGUAUGUCGUGCAUGUUGCUUCUCCUCUAGCAAGCAACGCUCCUCCAGGAAUCGACUAUGACAGCUACAUGAUCCAGCCCGCUAUUCGGGGCACUGUCGGCAUCCUUGAAUCAGCAGCCAAGACCACAGGAGUCAAGAAGGUUGUGAUUACUGGAUCUAUCCUCUCUUUGGUCGAUGCAAAGACCUUGGGCUCAGGCAACUACAUUAAUGAGGAAACACGAACCACAACUGCUUCUGGCCCGUUCUCAAGCCACAUCGAGGCCUACGCCGUUUCCAAAGCUACAGCCUUUAACAAGACCAAAGAGUGGGUUGCAGAGAAAAAGCCUUCAUUCUCUGUCAAUCACGUCUUCCCUGUCUUCGUUCUGGGACGUGAUGACACCGUCACCACCGCCGAGCAAAUCGUCAAGGGAACCAACAACAUGCUCAUGGGUCCGCUCUUCGGUUCAACGCGACCUCCCAUCCCAGGCGGCUCUGUCCACCUUGACGAUGUUGCCCGACUUCACGUCCUUGCUCUAGAUCCCAAGGUAGAGGAUGGCCAAGACUUUUUGGCCGCGUCGCAGCCUCUUGAGUCGUUUGAAUGGAGCGAUGCGGCUCGCAUUAUUAAGAAGCACUUCCCUAAGGCGGCUGCCGAUGGAAUCUUCCAGUUGGAUCAUGUUGAGAAGGUGGUUACUCUCCAGACAAAGGUGGAUAGCACAAAGGCAGAGAAGCUUUUUGGAUUCAAGUUCAAGAACUUUGAGGAGCAAGUUCAGUCUGUCGUGGGUCACUACUUGGAGUUGAAGGGCAAUAACUAGAAGGUGUUCAUGAC